AUGAUUCUACCAAAGAUAAAAAAGAGUUUCAAAACAAUAGUCGGUUAUGGGAGCGAUAAAGGAGGCACCAAAGUUUCUAGAAGACCAGCUAACACAUCUUUUAGACAACAACGAUUGAAGGCAUGGAAUCCUAUACUUUCACCACAGAAUGUACUUCCCUUAUUGAUAUUAUUGGCUUGUAUAUUAGCUCCGAUAGGAAUUGGUUUAAUUAUAAGUGUGAUUAGUGUACAAGAUACCAUCAUAGAGUAUACAAAUUGUUCUAGUGAAUCUACAACAACAAGUUUUACUCAGAUUCCUGAUAAGUAUAUAAAAUAUCAUUUCAAACAGAAGUUGAAUAUGGAACCUAUGUGGAGAUCAUUCGUGAAUACUGACUCUGACGAAACUAUUUGUCAACUCCGAUUCGAAAUACCUAAUGAUGUUAAAACCCCAAUAAAUGUUUAUUACAAAUUAACUAAUUUUUACCAGAAUCAUAGAGAAUACGUUGAUUCGAUCGAUAUAGAUCAAUUAAAGGGUGAAGCUAUCCCAUACUCUGAUCUAGACGAUAAAUGUGACCCAUUUAGAGAAUAUAAUGGAAAGACUGUUUACCCUUGUGGUCUUAUUGCAAAUUCAAUGUUCAAUGAUACAUUUGCAAGUGAGUUUGUUGGAAUUGAUGAUACAAGAAAUUAUAAACUGACUAAUAAUAAUACAGCAUGGAGCACUGAUAAACAUAGAUAUAAAAAGACAAAAUAUGAUAUCAAUGAUAUUGUUCCUCCAGUAAAUUGGAUUAAAAAAUUUCCAAAUGGGUAUACCGAAGAAAAUUUACCUGAUCUUAAUACUUGGCAAGAAUUUCAAGUAUGGGCAAGACCUGCUGCAUUACCAAAUUUUUAUAAAUUAAUUCUAAAAAAUGAAACUGUAACUCUACCGACAGGAAAUUACACUUUUGACAUUGGUCUUAAUUAUCCAGUUGAUUCUUUUGAUGGUACGAAGUCGUUUGUCCUCACUACAAAUACCAUUGUGGGUGCACGGAAUAUAACUUUAGGAGUAGUUUACCUUAUUGUAGCGGGUAUCUCAACUUUAUUCGCAUUCAUAUUCCUGAUCAAGGUUCUUCUUUCGCCUAAAGAAAAUAGUGAUCAUCUAUACUUAAGAAAUGCACAUUUAACUGGCAGAAAUGGCACCAGACCAGAACUUCCGAUAAGGGAGAUCCUUUAA